ACCCGUCGACCGCUUGGGGUGCUUCCACAAUCCCAUGCUUCCGCACGCCCACGCCGCCCUCGUCCGAGCGGUCACUGCGUGUGCCGGUUGCCGGGAAGCGCAGGCCCUUCACUCCCUCGCUUGGAAGCUGGGCCUCGCCUCCGACGUGGUCCUGGCCACCGCCUUGCUGACCCGCUACGCGAGGCGGGGUCUCCUUGCUCCCGCCCAGUGGCUGUUCGACGAAAUGCCGCGCAGGGACGUGGUCGCCUUCAACGCCAUGCUCGCCGCGCUCGGCGCCGCCGGGAGGGUCGCUGACGCCCGGGAGCUGUUCGACCGUAUGCUGGAAAGGACCCCCGCCUCGUGGAACACCAUGGUCACGUGCUACUGCAGGGCCGGGGACCUCGGCUCGGCGAGGCUGGUCUUCGAGGCGAGCCUCCGCGCGGGGCGCAGCAGCGUCGUGUCAUGGAACGCGAUGAUCGACGGGUACUGCAAGGCCGGGCGGAUGGACGCCGCGCGAGACCUGUUCGACCGUAUGGGCUCCUCGUUGCCGGACGUCGUGACGUGGAACACGGUGAUGGCCGGGUAUUUGCACCGAGGGGACCCCGCCACCGCCAUUGCCAUAUUCCACCGUCUGAUGCACGUUUAUCAGCAACAGCAGCGGCAGGAGGAACACAAGCUGAAGCCCACCACGGUGACCAUGGCUACAGCGGUAACCGCGUGCACCCAGGUGGGGGAUUUCGCCCUGGGCCGGCGGAUCCACCUCCAGAUCCGGCACCAGGGGACACGGACCGACGCCGUGCUGAGCAACGCCCUCAUGGACAUGUACUUCAAGUGCGGGAGCGUGGACGGCGCGCUCGACGUCUUCCGCACCAUGCCCUGCCGCCCCAACCUCUUCUGCUGGAACACGGUGAUCGCGGGGCUCGGCAUGAACGGCCGAGGCGAGGACGCCGUGGCCGCGUUCCACGACAUGGUCGAGGGAAGGCCGAAUGGGGACAACGUCAAGCCGGACGGGGUGACGUUCGUGGCGGUCCUGUCGGCGUGCAGCCACUCGGGGCUGGUGCCUGCGGGCCGGAAGCUCUUCACCGACAUGCUGCCGGUGCACGGCGUGGCGCCCCGGACCGAGCACUACGGCUGCAUGGCGGACCUCCUGUGCCGCGCGGGCCACGCCGACGAGGCCGCGCGGCUCGUGCGGACGAUGCCCGGCCGGCCCAACGCCAAGGUCCUCGGAAGCCUCCUGCUCGACGCGCGCGCCCCGGAGCGGCAGGAGGACGGGGUGAGGCUGAGCGAGUGGGCGGCGCGCCGGAUCUCGGAGCUGGACGUCGGGGACGGCGCCGCGUACGGCCUGUCCAACGUGUACGCGUCGCUGCAGCGGUGGGAACGCGUCGAGGAACACAGGAGGGAAGUGAGCGCGGCCGUGAGACAAGGCAAGGGGCCACGCCGCAAGCAGCCUGGCCGUGCUUGCUAUGAUCUGGCUAGCUCCUGCACGAAUUGAACAACACGACGGCGGCGGCGCGGCGACAGGGUACGAGAGUAGUUGUCGUGCUAGGAUCCUCAAAGUCAAAGCUGACGUGGACACCGGAAAGCUGUUCCCUGGCUCAUCCACUCGAGGCUAGGAUGUCGUUGGGCUGUGGCCGCACGCAGGCCCGGUGGAAUCCUCCUCUGGUCCUCCGGCCAGCCGGCCUGCCUCGAUUGCAGUAAGCGUACGGCAGAGCUAAAUUAGCAUGCAAGAUUUGACCAGAUCAGUGGUAAAAUCGGCUCAGGCCUGGUUUGGUUACGUGUGCUUAUUUUUA